AUGGCUACCCCUAGUGUCCUCGCUUUUGACGCUGAGGGUCGAGCCAUUGACUUUGACGUUUGGGUAGACGACCUGCAGCUGAUCUUACAGUGCGAUAGGGCUUACGGUCUCUCUCUCUUUGACCUCACCUCUGGCGCCUCUCCUGCACCUGCUGCUGAUGCUGACGCCACUGUUCGCUCCCAGUGGGCCACGCGCGACGCUGCUGCACGUCUUGCUGUGCGUCGCCACCUCCCUACCUCCGAACGUGCGCACUUUAGUCAGUACAAGAGUGCUCAGACCUUGUACGACGCUGUAGUUGCACGCUACUCCUCCCCUGCCACUGCUGCACUGAGCCGUCUCAUGCUACCGUACCUCUUCCCUGACCUUGCUGCCUUUCCCACAGUUGCGGACCUCAUUACGCACCUCCGCAUCACUCGACUCCCUGACUCCCUUCGCGUAGUCAGGGACCACUUCCUCGUAGUGUGCCCCACCACUCUCACCGUUGACCUCCUCGAGAAGGCCCUCCUAGCGGCGGAGAAGAGCAUAGUCGCUAAAGGAGCCUCUCGUGGUGACCUUCGCACCCCUGUCUUUGAGGGUCGGUCGGUGCUGCGUCUGCCCCUUCGGGGAAGCGCCGCACAGGCAAGGGCAAGGGGGGCAAGGGCGCUGGAGGAGCUGGCGGGGGCGGUGGAGGCGGCGCUGGAGGCGGCAGAGGGAGUGGGGGUGGUGGUGGGAGUGGUGAAGGGGGUGGGGGUACCGGUGGCAGCAGUGGAGGCGGAGGCGGCGGCGGUGGCGGAGGGAGCAGAGGCGGCGGUGGUGGCGGUGGAGCUGGUCGCGGGUCUACGCAGAGGAGUGGCUCCGGUGCGGGGUGGGGGUUUUGGUCCGUGCACCUACGUCCUGCGCACCGGCGACCGUGCGGGUGAGCAGUGUGGGGGUGCGCACCCCACCCAGCGCUGCUUUGGCUGCCUGACGAACGCGUGGCGUCACCAGCUCCCUGAGGCCACAGAGAUCCCUCGCUGGGGCGAGCUGUCUAGGGCGGGAGUUGCCAUUUAUGAUCUUGAUUUUGAUGCUAUUCUUUCUGCCAUGUAUGCUGUGACUAUUAGUGAUGAGGGUGACUGUUACCGGUGUUUCCCGCCCGAUCUGGGCAUUGAGACUGCUGCUCUAGGUACUGGUGAGGCUGCUGCCUUAGGUGCUUGCGACCCUGCUGCUCUAGGUGCUAGUGCGUCUACGUCCUCAGGUACUGGUGAGUCUGCGCUCUCAGGUACUUCGUCGGCUUCGGCCUCCCUCACCUUCACCCUUGACCCUGGGGCUUCUCGCUCCUUCUUUCGGGACCGCACCACACUCACGCCGCUUAGUCGGCCAGUUGCGGUGUCUCUGGCUGACCCCUCUGGGGGUCCUGUCCUGUCUCACUUCUCCACAGUCCUCCCGUGUCCGGCGGCUCCCUCUGGCACCCUGUCUGGUCUCUACCUACCCUCGUUCUCUACGAACUUGGUGAGUGGUGCUGACCUACAGGAUGGGGGAGUGCACCAGCUCACUCCUGCGCGUCAGCGAGGGCGCCAGCAGGCUGCCCCUCACUCCUCCCUGUUUCAUCCGACAGAGGCCCCGCUGCAGACGCUUCACAUGGACGUGUGGGGCCCAGCCCGCGUCCGUGGACAGGGUCACGAGCGCUACUUCCUGCUCGUUGUUGACAACUACUCGCGUUACACCGCGGUCUGGCCCUUGCGCAGCAAGGGUGAUGUCACUGAGGUGCUGAUCGACUGGAUCCGCGCAGCUCAUCUCCAACUUAGGCAGAGCUUUGGCUCGGACUUUCCUGUUCGGCGUCUGCACUCGGACAGAGGUGGAGAGUUUUCCUCUGGCCUUCUGAGAGCCUAG